UGCAUACAGAGUGGCAGAAGCAGUGCCUAUGCUUUGCUAUCACUGCUAUCACUGCCUACCAGUGCUGGCGAUCAUAUGUUUGUGUUUGUGUUUGUGUUGAGUUCACUAAACCUAUCGCUUAUAUUAUGUGCGAAAGACAUGAAUAUCACUAUUAAUAAGAGUUUCAUGAGUUGUAACCAAAUUGAGGCCAAUUAUAGCUAUUAUAGCGGUUAUGAUUCCGUACACCACUUGUAUGCGAUUCAAUCGAUCCCUCCGUCGGCCACAACACGUCCUCCUCGUCGACAGCCAUACAUCACAACCCAAUCACUUCCAGUGGACACUUGUCCCACACCAACACUCACCCAAUCAGGUAUUGUAUGUAUGCGAUUCAAUCGAUCCCUCCGUCGGCCACAACACGUCCUCCUCGUCGACAGCCAUACAUCACAACCCAAUCACUUCCAGUGGACACUUGUCCCACACCAACACUCACCCAAUCAGGAAUCGACUUUCAUUAGAGUUCACUCACAAGACGACCAAACUCUGUGUUUCUCUUGGAUUUUAGAUACACAUCAGGCAUCAGUUGAUCAAUCACUGGAUUUAAAUGCAGGCAUUGGUUCCGGCGAUAGACAUGCUAUACAAUGCAUACCGGAACUCCAUUCGCCUAAAGACGGCGAAGACGAUGACAUACAAGACGAGGACAUCUCGAUCGACGAGAAUCGGGGAUAUCUUCUAAUAACAUUACGGCGCCGUAAAAGUAUCCAACGAAGCAUUCAUAUCGAUCCCAUCGCUCUUCUCGACCACAGCUAUUAUGGCAUUACAUCUCGUUAUUUGAAACAGUCAUCGAAGUGGCGCUUCAAUACAUUUACUCUCGAUGUCCUCACUGGUGGCUUUUUGGAAUCAGGAUAUCACGACACCAAUCCUUACCACAACUCAGUCCACGCCGCAGACGUCACUCAAGCCAUGCAUUGUUUCAUACAAGAGCCCAAAAUACGCCAAUUUCUUACUCCUUUAGAGGUCAUGUGUGCCCUAUUGGCUGCCGUUUCUCAUGAUUUAGAUCAUCCGGGAGUUAACCAACAUUUUCUCAUUGCAACCAAAAGCCAUUUGGCAGCCCUUUAUAAAUAUAGGAUUAUAAUAUAA